UCGAUUCGAGUGCUAUGGCUGAGCUUCAACGCCGCCGCGGCGGCGGCGGCGGCUGCUCCGGCGAGGACCGCAUCAGCGGCCUCCCCGACGCGCUGCUGCACGAGAUCCUGGUCCGCCUCCGCUCCGCCGCCGCCGCCGCGCGCACCAGCGUGCUGUCCCGCCGCUGGCGCCACGUCUGGGCGCACCUUCCCCAGCUCCACCUCGUCGCGCCACCAGCGGCAGCGCCAGCCUCGUUCCUGGCUACCGUCGACGCUGCCCUCGGUGGCUAUUUAGCCCCUACCCUCGAGCACCUCGGCGUCGCCCACUUCACCGACCAAUGGCGCGACCUCCGCAUCCCGGCCGGACGCAUUGAGCCUUGGCUCCGCUUCGCCGCGGAACACGUGGUGGGCAACCUCAAUCUCUUUCUCCGUGCUCCUCUGAUGUUCAACGGUUGGACACCGGAAAUCCUCGGGGAGGAGGCGGUGCUCGAGCUUCCGGUGUGUCAGCGAGCGAAACGAAUCGAGCUCCAUCUUCGGUAUGCAGAUACAACGUGGCUCCGCCCCCAGGCAUCCGGCCUUCUGUUCGCGGCGCUCACAUCCCUGAAGAUAGAUGGCUGUGUCCGCAUGGAAGGCAGCGAUCUCACAGCACUUGUGAGCACGCAGUGCCCGUGCUUGAGGGACCUGGAUCUUUACAUUACGCUGAUUGUCAUCUUUGAUGUCUCCAUUCACUCCUACUCGUUGCGCACACUGGAGAUCCGCCUCUUAGAGACAAGGCGUCUGGAGAUUUUGGCCCCAAGUCUUGAAGAACUCAUAAUAUCUAUUCAGCCAAUGGAGGCUCAGAUCUCUGCUCCGAAGCUUGUCAAGGUCGUUUGGUGGCAUCCCUAUGAUCCCCUUCUCCAUCGGUUUGUUGAUGUUGGCCGCCGUAGGCUCCAGCUACUGCAAAUUUCUAUCCAGUCGUCGUCCCUGUCUAAGCAGUUCGAUGAAGUUGAUAAGUUGGAUCUGAGCAUCUGUCUAGAUUUUCCAGAUGUAGCAAGGUAUGGAAGCUUCUUGAAUGAAACAAAUAAGCUGCCCAAGUGUAAGAGCGUUCGCAUAUUCUUGCAAUGGGAACCCCAUGGCUUGCUUCCUGUCAUGUUGCAUCUCUUGAGGAGUUGCAAUGAUACAAAGAAGCUUCGACUAGAUUUAUUUGGUCUUUUGUUCCGACGAUUGAUGCAUUCUUGCCUGCCGUCUUGCCUUUGUCGUUUGGAAGAGAGUCGCAGGAUUGAUGGCAUUGAUCUCAGUUCACUUGAAGUGGCAGAAAUCAGUAGUUUUUCAGGUUCUCAUGAACAAAUGGAACUUGUGGAGUUCCUAUGCAGCAAUGCAGGAGUUCUUAAAAGGUUGCUCAUCACUGGCGUGUUUGGUCCUAGGCCCAAGGAAGUACGUGAGAAGGUCUGUAGCAUGUGUCAUCCAAAUGUUAAAGUUGAUUUCUUUGUGUUCCGCGAGGGGAGGCGGGUACUUGUUGACUAAUUUCAUGCGUGUGGUAAAUGUAAUAUUAUGUGGCCUUUACUAGCUAGUUUUUGCACAAUAAGUGCAGGGUUGUACGUUUCAGGUGUUUAUAGGAUUCAUCUUCAGUUCAAAUUUGAACCCGAUCAAUUAACUCUACCUCAAAAGGCUCA